AAUUUUACUUUUAAACACACAUUCAGACCAUACUUCUGUUUCUUUCAUCCUUUCAAAUACAGCCUGAAUCUUAAAAAGUCAACUCCCUCUUCUUUUUUUUUUUUUUGAAUUACAGUCUCGUAUUCUCUUCUCUUCUAUUCUUACAGCCUUAGAAGAGGGAAAAGAAAAACAAUCACCUAGAGGAAUAUUAAGCCAUGGGAAACAGUGUUAGAAAGUUAAGCCAUUGCUGUUCUUGCAAUGGCGGAAGCCUUGAAAUGAUGAUGACGUCUCACGUUAUGCCUCACCCCUCUGAAGAGUUCGUUGGGCAUUCUUUUUGUUACGUUCGACCCGAUCCGACUCCUCUCUCCUCCUCCGAGAACCAAUCAUCUUCUUCUUCUUAUUCCUCCACCACAACAACUACGACGACUUUUCAUUCCAUAUCCGGAGCUUCGGUUAGCGCCAACUUGACAACGGUUCCAUUGGCGGCGGCGUCUUCCACGUUACCUGAUAAUCGUUCCUCCACGUUCAAAAGUUCUGAGUUAGUUGCUGGCCUUACCUUACAACCAGUGCCACGUGGCAACCCCCAUUGUUGGUCGGGACCAAUGGAUCCUGGGUUCUUGUCGGGUCCGAUUAUUAACUUCAACAAAACCUUGUCUAAUGGUGGUUUUAAGUCAAAGAAGAAAGGUUGGCUUUUUACCAAGAGUUUCAAGAGAACAAUAUCAGAUAAAAUGCUUAAAUUUUUUGUAUCAGAUAAAGAAUGUUCAUCAGCUUUAGAAACCAAAACUAAUAAUAAUGAUCCUAGCAGUAGGGGGACUUGGAGUGUUGCUGAUGAUGAUGAUGGUGAUGGUUAUCGGUUUUCAAUGAAAAGUCAGAAUUUGCAAUGGGCGCAAGGGAAAGCAGGUGAGGAUCGAACCCAUCUCGUAGUUUCAGGAGAAGAAGGGUGGAUCUUUGUGGGGAUUUAUGAUGGUUUCAGUGGACCGGAUGCACCUGAUCAUUUGCUUAAUAAUCUUUUUGAUGCUGUGUUGGAAGAGCUUAAAGGGCUGUUAUGGAACGAUGAUAAGGCCGAAUCAGAUGAAGAUAUGGGAUUGGGCUCUUUUGAAGAUAAACAAAUUUGUGGGAAAAGCAGUGAAAGAUUUGAGCAUUCUAUGAAUUCACCGAUGGAAACUUUUCAACAUUCUGGUGUCUUGAAAGCACUUUCAGAGGGUCUAAAUAAAACUGAAGAGACUUAUUUAAAGAUGGCCAAUUUAAAACCCGAGUUACAUGCAAUGGGUUCUUGUGUUUUGGUAAUGUUAAUGAAUGGGGAAGAUGUUUAUUUGAUGAACGUGGGGGAUAGCAGAGCCAUUCUAGCACUGAAAACAGGGUCCUCUAAUUUGAUUCCUCUUCAGCUUACAAUGGAUCAUAAUGUUGAUGUUGAAGAGGAAGUUGAGAGAAUCAGGCAAGAACAUCCAGAUGAUGAUGAAGCAGUUGUUAAGGAGAGAGUGAAAGGAUAUUUGAAGGUUACUCGAGCUUUUGGGGCUGGCUUUCUCAAACAGCCUAGAUGGAACGAUGCACUGUAUGAUAUUUUCAGAAUCAAUUAUGUUGGAACAUCCCCAUACAUCUCUUCUUCUCCUUCACUUUAUCAUUAUAAACUAAGUCCUGAUGACAAGUUUUUGGUACUCUCAUCUGAUGGACUCUAUCAGUACUUCACCAAUCAACAAGUUGUCUCCGAGAUCGAAUGGUUCAUUGCUUCAUUUCCCGACGGAGAUCCGGCGCAACAUCUCGUUGAACAAGUACUAAUUCGAGCAGCUGAGAAAGCUGGUCUUGAGUUCCAUGAAUUGGUUGAGAUCCCAUCAGGGGAACGACGAAUGUACCAUGACGAUGUUUCGGUAAUCAUAAUUUCUUUAGAAGGAAGGAUAUGGCGAUCAUUCAGUAAAUAGAUCAUAAUAAUUAUUUCAAUCAAUUUUCCUCCUUUUGUUAAAGUUAGGUGCAGGUGUUUUCAUGUAGGAGUUCAUUAGUCGGACUAGUAAAAAUCUUUGGAAAAAAAGAAAUCAUCCAUCAAUUGAUUAAAAAAAAAAGAAAGAAA